UCUACUUUCUCUUCCUAUCUCUCUUUAUUCUCUCUCCCAAAAUUUAAUUUUCAUUUUUUUUUGGUUAUUUGGCAAAUAAGCCAUAAAUUAAUAAUUCUCUUGCGUUGUCCCGAGAGAUGUAAGAAUAAAAGGCUUCUUUUCUUUUCUGUUGUUGGUUGGAGAGAAUUACAUAAAAGUUUUGGCAGAUACUCUGAUCAGAGAUUGGGUUCUAGUUAUGAGGUGGGUCAGAUCUCUCUCCUCUCUCUCUCAACUUACCCAAGCUUCUGUGGCGGAUAAUCCAAACCUGGAAAAAAUAUUUGGAGCUAUAGAGAUUUGUGGCGAAUAAAGUUUAUAUAUAUAUGCUGCAGAAUAACUGGUUUUUGAGCUCUUCUACUCUUUUUCAGAUCUCUGUUAUCUGAUCUUUCUACAGUGGAAGCUACUGGGAUGGAAGAAGAUUGCAAGUUGCGAAACUGGGAUGAGCUUAUCCCUGACGCUCUUGGCUUAAUAUUUAGCCACUUACCUCUUCAAGAGGUCCUAACAGUUGUGCCUAGGGUUUGCAAAGCAUGGAACAGAGCUGUAACUGGACCUUAUUGCUGGCAAGAGAUAGACAUUGAGCUGUGGAGUAACCGUUGCCACCAGUCCGAUCAUCUCGAUCGAAUGCUUCAGGUGUUGAUCAAUAGAAGCUCUGGCUCUUUGCGGAAACUCUCUGUCACUGGCCUUCAAAAUGACUCUAUCUUCUCCUUCAUUGCACAACAUGCUGGUUCACUUAAAACCUUGAAGGUGCCGAGAAGCUGUCUGAGCAAUCCAGGGGUUGUAAACGUGGCCGAAAAGCUUUCAUCUCUCACUUUCUUGGACUUGAGCUAUUGCUGCAAAGUAGGCCCAGAGGCGAUACAAGCCAUAGGCAAACACUGUAAAUCCCUCACAGAGUUCUCCAGAAACAUGCAUCCUUUGGACGUAGCGAGUGUCGUCUCUCACGACGAUGAAGCUUAUGCGAUUGCCAGCACAAUGCCGAAGCUGAAGCGGUUAGAAAUUGCGUACCACCGAGUCAGCACAGAAGGAGUGCUCAAAAUCUUAUCCUCUUGCAUUUUUCUUGAGUUCUUGGAACUUAGAGGCUGUUGGGACGUGCAACUCGACAACAAGUUCUUCAAAGAGAAAUUUCCAGAUAUGAAGGUGUUGGGUCCACGCGUGAUUGGAUUCUAUGACAUGAUAAACGAUUGGGAGGAUUGCUGUUCGGAUUAUUUCUCAGAUGGAUCUGAUUACUUGGCAUGGGAGUUUCUUGAGGAUGGUGAAAUGGGAGAGUUUUAUGAUGAUGAGUUUGAGCAUGGUUGGGACGAUAACUUUUAUGCGGAUAGAUUUAAUAUCGACUUGGAACCGCAUAUUUGGCCGCCAUCUCCAUGAACCUGGUCUUGUUAUGGUCGAAGCUCUCUACCCAAAAGUUGCUUCUACCAUUGGUUUUAGCCUCAUAUGCGUCUUUGCUCUCUGUAUGGUGCAAUCUUUAACCGGGCUGGUUCUUGGCUUUUAUGUUUCUCUUUUACUUAGUGAUGUUUAGAUUCACAUUAUAUAUAUAAUAUAUAGAUAUUUAUAGGUAUGUUUGUAUGUAUAUAAUUGGAACGGGUCCUGCACAUUAAAGCUUUUUUAGUUA